GCAGUUAUUUUGCGUCUCUCCCUCCGCCUAAAUCCGUCGGGCAUAAACACUGUAUCUGACGUGCCACCGCCGGUGAAGUGGGGAUAUAGAAUUGAAAAUGGCGAGCUAUCUAUGGAGGAAAUACGCAGAUUAUUUGUACACAAAGUGGGAAAGAACACUUCUUUGGGACAUGAUAGAGCCGUACAGGAGACCAAAAUCUUUUAAACCUCUUGUCACCAUCUAUGUUGCCGCUUUCUACACUGGUGUCAUCGCCUCUGCCAUUACUGAGCAACUCUACAAGGAAAAGUACUGGGAAGAUCACCCUGGGGAAGCAGUGCCACUCAUGAAACCGAAAUUCUAUGGCGGACCCUGGAAGGUGUACAAAGGGGAUACUCUGCCGGAAAAUCUGUGAGAACCAUUACAACCAGCUUGUGACCUGUGCUAAAGUUUCUUCCUUGUAUCUCGUGAGUCAUGUUUUUUGUAUAAAGUUGAGACUUUUGAUGGAAUCUAGCAAAACUAAUAUUCCGUCUAGUGUGAGAAAUGAUCAAAGUAAACCUUGAGGUGAUGAUGCUGCAUAAUUUUACAUUGUUGAAAGAGCAGCCCACACCAGGAAAAAAAAAAAAAAAGAAGUCCCAAUAGUAUCAAUGUGAUGUUGGAUUUGAUUUGUAGUUUUAUACUACAGAAACCUUGGUGUCUCGCAAUAUGAUUAAAUCUUAAAUACUCCUUAACACCUCUGUUUU